AUGGCCCAGCGAGGGCCCUACGCAGACCCCUGUCUGCCAGAGCAGCAAACAGUGCUGCCCAGGAGAGGUUUACCUUGUCCCACAACACAGCAGAAGACACAAAAUCUCCAGGACUCACAGCCACAACCCUGCCCCGACAGCGCAGCAGCUCCGGGGCCCCUGCUGCUCCUGCGCACCCCGUACACCCUAACUCUGGGGCGCUCACCGGCCCACCCCUCCCCCUCUCUGCCUGGCUCCUACGCCAUCGCCCUCCUAGCAGCUAGCAGCGCCGGCCGGGCCUCACGCCCGCCCAACCCUACCCCCAACCUGCCCCAGAAGAAGAGCGGGACCUUCGGCGGCAGAAUUAACCUUUCAAAAGGGGACUCCGGCUCCGGCUCCGGCCCCCCCAGCGCCCGGCCCCGGCCCGGCCCCGCAGCCGCCGCCGCCGCUGACAUCAUCGUCUCCCCCCCCCCCCCGGUCCUACCCCCACCCCCACCCCCGGAAACAGGCCCCCCCAGCGUCGCCGCCGCCGCGGAGAGAAGCACUGCCACCAAGGGUCUGCUUGUAGCCCUGCUGGGUGGGCGCCCACCCGACAGCUUCAUGGGCCCCUUCUCCCAGCUGGUUUACCAGACUUCCCACUUAUCCUUGCUGAAGUUGCUCAUCUGUUAAUGCCUCUUGCACCUCCCCAUUGCCUCACUGCUUCAACUGCAUGGUGACUUACUGUUGGAACCUUUGGAUGUCCAGGAUUGGGCCUGCCUCCAUGGCCUCUUUACUGUCUUCAGCAUUGAAUGUGCCUAUGGUGCAGUUCAGGUGAUGCCUGCUGGCAAUGCUGCCAUUUUCAAAGGUUCUUCCACCAUCUGCUCUGCUCUCCUUGCCCUCUGUCUCAAGGGCCGUCUCAGUCACUAAGACUGGUGUGGCCUGUUGAGCAGAGCUAUGGGACUAAUCAUCAUCAUGGAACCUAGACUAGGGACACUACAGAAGGAGACCAAGGGCCUCUACACUGCCCAGGGCUACGCGCUCACUUUUCCUGAUGGCCAGACAUUGCUCUUGCUUCUGGUAUAUCUUUCCUUGGAUCUCCCCUGCCUACUAACAGUGGCUUUCCGGUUUGGCUUGGUGGGGCUGGUGGGCUCUAUACCAAGCUUCUUUCUGCUGCAGAUCCCCAUGCUGCCCAAUGAUCCUCUGAGUUGGAGCUGUGUGGGGGGUGGUGAUCUAGCUCUCGUCUCCUUUGUGUGUUAUGUGGUCACCAAGGGCCAUCUUGUUUUGGGGUGUGUCAUCCUGCACUCUGAGGUGGUGGUGGCAGCCCUGAUGCUGUAGAAUUAUGUGCUCCCUGAGACUGUGUGACCUUGUGACAUUAUCAGGGCAGUGGUUGUAUUGGGCAACGUUGCCAUCAUCACCACCCACAACCUCAGUUAUGAGAGGGAAGGGCAGGUGGAGGAGUGA